AUGUUAGGGGACUACUACCCUGUCGGAUUGCACGAGAAACCCAGGCAGGCACAACACGCACCUUCCACUAUCGCACCUUUGACUGAUAUCAGAAUGAAAGGUGGAGGUCACUAUGAAGAGCCUGAGAAGGAGGCAGCUCUCAGCUACGCAGCGGUGAUGAGAGCGUAG